ACCAAACGCACAGAGCCUCUCUCUGACCUGAGUCCGCACCGAUUCCACUUCCCUCCUGUCCUUUUGAGUUGUGUUGUCAGCAUUAAUGGUCCCUAAUCCAUCCUGACCGUUAGAUCCCGCUCCGCUCCAGCCGCCCGAUUCCCUCUCCCCCUUCUAUCUCUGCCUCUCCUCUCUUUUCUCUUCUGUAUCUCCCCAGUUGCUUCCGAUCUCGGAGCUCAACCCUAAGUUCUCCCACCUCCUUCCUCUCUCACACGGAUCAUCCUCUCCCUACUGUCCUUCCCGAUUCUCUCCCGCUGCUUUCUUGGAUUCUUGUUCAAAAUAUUUGAGCUCCGAGAUAGCAUCAAUCCGCUGCGAUGGAACUCAAGAUGAGGCUAUAUACUUGGCUUUUAGAGUAUAAGUUCAAAAACCUGGGGAACAAAUGAACGUGGUGAAAAGAUUUGGAGCGGAUAGACUCGAGACUUGAAUUUUUUGGGAGGGUUGAAAUUUUGUAAAUCAUUUCGGGCGGUUGAUAGAGCCUCUAGGAGUUAUUUUACUAGAGGUUCAUUCCGGCAGGGAAGGGUCAAAGAGGGGAAGAAUAAAAGAGUUUUCUAUUUUCGUUGGGCGGUUUUUGGCUAGUUUCCCUAGUGAGUGCAACAGUAGUAUUUGCUUUUAGUCCCUGAACUGAAUAGCAAUGCUAUGAGCGAAAUCUGCAGCAUUUCUUCUUAACUCAAGAUUUACCUGUGAUGGAAGCAAAUGGAACCAUUCAUGAUUGUGGCCUAGGAACAGCGAAAAGGGAAAAGAGAGAGGUAGGGGACAAAUCCAUGGAAGAUUUAUCUAAAUAUGCUCACAGUCCUGCUCACUUAGCAGUUGCUAGGCGUGAUCAUGCGGCCCUACGGCAAAUUGUUUCCGCCCUACCUCGACUUGCCAAGGCUGGUGAGGUCAAGACAGAGGCUGAAUCUCUUGCUGCUGAGCUACGAGCAGAUGAGGUCUCUGUGGUUAUUGACCGUCGUGAUGUUCCCGCUAGGGAGACCCCUCUCCACCUUGCAGUACGUCUCAGGGAUCCCAUCUCAGCUGAGAUUCUAAUGGCUGCUGGAGCGGAUUGGAGUCUGCAGAAUGAUAAUGGUUGGAGUGCUCUCCAGGAAGCAGUCUGCACUAGAGAAGAAGCAAUUGCCAUGAUUAUGGCACGUCAUUAUCAACCGUUGGCUUGGGCCAAGUGGUGUCGUAGGCUGCCCCGCAUUGUUGCCUCAGCUGCUCGAAUUCGUGACUUUUACAUGGAAAUAACUUUCCAUUUUGAGAGCUCUGUCAUUCCUUUUAUUGGGCGCAUAGCCCCAUCAGAUACAUAUCGCAUUUGGAAACGUGGUGCUAAUCUUCGAGCAGACAUGACCCUUGCUGGAUUUGAUGGCUUCCGCAUUCAGCGGUCAGACCAGACAUUUUUGUUCCUCGGAGAGGGAUAUACUUCAGAUGAUGGUAAUUUAACUCUACCACCUGGUUCUUUGAUUGUUCUUGCCCAUAAGGAGAAGGAAAUCACAAAUGCCUUGGAAGGAGCUGGUACACAACCAACAGAAGCUGAAGUUGCCCAUGAAGUUUCCCUAAUGUCUCGAACAAAUAUGUAUAGACCAGGUAUUGAUGUUACUCAGGCUGAGCUUGUUCCCCAUUUGAAUUGGAGGCGCCAAGAGAAGACCGAGAUGGUUGGCAAUUGGAAGGCUAAAGUUUAUGACAUGCUUCACGUGAUGGUGAGUGUUAAGUCAAGGCGGGUUCCUGGUGCCAUGACAGAUGAAGAGCUUUUUGCUGCGGAUGAUGAAGAAAGCAUGAUCAAUGGAGAACAUAAUGAUGGAUAUGAUGAUGUAUUGACUGCUGAGGAAAGAAUGCAAUUGGAUUCUGCGCUUCGUAUGGGGAAUUCCGAGAGUAUUUGUGAAGAUGAGGACCAUGGGUCGUUUGAUGGUCAAGAAAAUGGUUCAGCAGUUUCCUAUGAGAACUGUGAAGCCAAUGGUGUAGUUAAAGAGAAGAAGAGCUGGUUUGGUUGGAACAAGAAAAACACGAAGAGCGGCAGUGAUGAUCCUGAAGAUUCAAAAAUUUUGAAGAAAUUCUCAAAAAUGGCCCCAGAAGGUAGCAACCAAAGACCAGGUGAUCAACAAAAGCCAGCAUCUGAGCUUCUGAAGGAGGAUGCUGGAGAUGCCAAGAAGGGAAAGGAUAAAAACAGUAAGAAGAAGAAGAAGAAAGGAGUAGUCAAUGAGUCUAAGAACGAGAGCGAGUAUAAAAAGGGAUUGAGACCUGUGCUGUGGUUGACACCCGACUUUCCUUUGAAAACAGAUGAGCUCCUGCCACUACUUGACAUCUUAGCAAACAAGGUUAAGGCUGUUAGGAGACUCAGGGAACUUUUGACAACUAAACUUCCUCAAGGAACAUUUCCUGUCAAGGUUGCCAUUCCUAUAGUCCCUACUAUACGAGUGCUUGUUACUUUUACAAAAUUUGAGGAACUUCAGCCAGCAGAGGAGUUCUCCACUCCGCUCUCCAGCCCGGCACAUUUCCAGGAUGCCAAAGGGAAGGAUUCGGAGGGGUCUACAUCCUGGAUCUCAUGGAUGAGAGGAAGUCGUGGCGGGCAGUCCAGUGACUCUGAUAGUCACCGAUAUAAGGAUGAAGUUGACCCUUUCAACAUACCUUCAGACUACAAAUGGGUGGAUGCCAGUGAGAAGAAGCGCCGUAUGAAGGCCAAGAAAGCCAGAAGUAAGAAAAAUAGGAAGCAAACUGUGACAAAAAGUGGGGAUGGAGUGCAUCAGUCGGGUGAAGACGUGGAAGAAUAAUACGAAACCAUCUACCGGUAAUAUUUCGCCAUGAAAAUUGUUGCAAGAAAGAGAAUAAUUGUCUUUCUUUGUGCACAGCUGACCUUUUAUUUCCCCCUUUCGUGAUAUUGGAUUUAAUUAUGAUUCUGGAAAUUGUUGUACCGUCACCCCGUCAAGUAAAAUUGAAGAGCUAGGGUCUCAGUCUAUGGCACCUUCAAUAUUCUGUUUUUGUCUAAUUUUUCUUAGUUCCCAAUAUUGUACCUACGUCCAUAUCUUGAUUAUCGAUCUUCCUCUUUUUGUGAGCUGAGUGUUGUUCACUUUUUGGAUGUGCAAAAUUUGGGUAUUAUACCACUUGAUAAUUAUUCCGCAUGGACGAUUUUUUA